ACCACACUGAGGUUUUGGAAAUCAGCUCCUCAAACAUCUUUGCUGGAUUCACUGAGUUCCUUUUUUUUUUUAUUUUAUAUUCAUAUUUGAUCACGUCUGAGCUCGGGCAUACAGACAGACAAUCAGGCAGACGGACUGACAUAUGGACAGAGAGCAGUGGGCACUGCGGCGUGAAUGUAGCAACUGGACUUCUCUUCUCCCUGGUUACUGAGACCAAACAAGGAGAGUAGCCCGAGCAGUAGCCUGUCCACUGAGGCUGUGGGUGGAUGCAGCUCUCAGCAGUCUGCUAUAGGGGAAGGCAGAGGCUGUAUAGAAGCUGCAGAGCCACGUCUAUAGUUGAUCCACACUGUUGUGAUCAUCAGAAAAUGGAUUGUUGCCUCCAAGUGGACUCAUGAGACUCGCUCUCUCAUCAAAGAACUCACAAAGACCUGUGGGAUUGUCUCCUCUUAUAGACUUUGCGCCUCCUGCUGAGUGGACCUACAUGUUUUCCCUGUAGACGGGCGGGGAGCGUGUGUCUCACUAAUGAUGGAAGAGUGCGUAAGGACCGUGUAUCUGACACUGAUGCUGCUGUGUGUCCUUCUGCCGGGCACGGCUCACACAGCCCACAGCCUCUACCCGAGGAUACGGCUCUCCCACACCGAGCUCUGGCAGCUGAACAGGACCUGGGUGUUCCAGGCACAUGGAGCGUCUCUGCAGCCCCACACCAUGAUGCUGGACGAGGGCCACGAGAGGCUGUAUGUGGGGGCCAGGAAUACUCUCUUCUCCCUCAGUCUGGACCAGGUUAACACACACCACAGAGAGAUCCAGUGGGCCAGCACGGACUCUCAGAUAGAGGAGUGUUUGAUGAAGGGGAGAGAAAAGCUGGAGUGUGCAAACUACAUCAAGGUCCUGCAGCUGUACAACCACACCCAUCUGCUGGUCUGUGGAACAGGAGCGUUUAACCCCGUCUGCAGCCUGGUCAGGGUGGGACACUCAGGACAGGACAGGCUUUUUGCUCUUGAAGAGGACAGUGUCACGAGCGGCAGAGGACGCUGCCCGUUCGACCCCAACAGUCCCUGCACGUCGGCACUCUCCAGAGGGGAGCUGUAUAUAGGCCUGUACACAGACUACUGGGAGAACGACGGAGCCUUGUGUCGACUGAACAACCAGACGUACACGCGCACGGAGCGGGACGACAGGCAGCAGCUCAGCGAACCUAAAUUUGUGGGCUCAGCCGUUAUCCCCGACAACGACGACAGCAACGAUGACAAGGUUUACUUUUUCUUCACCGAGCGAGAGGCGGACGCCGAGGGACUCAACAAGGCGGUGUACACCCGCGUGGGGCGAGUGUGUGCGAACGACGUGGGAGGACAGAGGAUGCUGGUGAAUAGAUGGAGCUCCUUCCUGAAGACACGUCUCAUCUGCUCUGUGGCUGGACAAAACGGCAUUGACACUCACUUCGAUGACCUCGAGGACGUGUUCGUUCUCAAGAACAAGGACGGGAAGAACCCAGAAAUCUUUGGCCUCUUCAGCACAACAAGUGCGGUGUUUAAAGGCUACGCUGUGUGCGUGUACAGCAUGGAAGACAUCAGAGCAGCCUUCAACGGCCCCUUCGCCUACAGAGACAGACCUGAGCACCGCUGGAGCCCUUACGAGGACAGAGUCCCCUACCCUCGACCUGGAUCUUGUGCCAGUAAAGUCAAUGGCGGUGGCUUCUCCAGCUCCAAGGAGUUUCCUGAUGAGGUUUUGCGGUUUGUGCGUUCUCAUCCUGUGAUGUAUCGUCCCGUCCGGCCCCAGCACCAUCAACCUGUGCUGCUGCAGACGGAGCCGGGCAGGAGGAAACUGACCCAGAUCGCCGUGGACAGGGUCCAGGCCCAGGACGGAAACUACCACGUUCUGUACAUCGGCACCGAUGACUCAGUGGUGUUGAAAGUCAUCACCAUCUACAACAAAGACACAGACACUAUGGAGGAGGUGCUGCUGGAGGAGCUGCAAGUUUUCAAGGCGUCGGCACCAAUAAGAGAGAUCAUAAUAUCGUCUAAAAGGCAACAGCUCUACGUGGGGUCGGAGGUCGGGGUGGCCCAGGUCAGACUGCAUCAGUGUGACCUCUAUGGCUCUGAGUGCGCUGACUGCUGUCUGGCCAGAGACCCCUACUGUGCCUGGGAUGGUCUCACCUGUUCCCGGCUGUACCCCGCUGGAGUCCACACCAAGAGACGAUUCAGGCGGCAGGAUGUUCGCCAUGGAAACGCUGUCCAGCUGUGCAAUGGGCUGCAGAUUGAUGGAGAAGGAUCCGAGGAGAAGCUGGUCUAUGGUGUCCAGAGCAACAGCACUUUACUGGAGUGUGUCCCUCGAUCGCUUCAGGCCAAAGUCCUCUGGUUCUUCCAGAAUGGAGAAGGGAGACGUGAGGUUCGGGGUGAUGAGCGGGUUAUCGUGAUCUCCCACGGGCUGCUGUUCUUACACGUGAGAAGCUCCGACGCCGGCGUGUACGUUUGCCAGACUGUGGAGCACGGAUACGUCAACACUCUAUUGCGUGUCACUCUGCACGUGCUCAGAGGGGAGAGGGUCGAGUCCACGAUCCACAGUUCGAGCGGCGAGGAGGGGGAGAAAGCUGCAGCUCGGUGCCACUCCUCCCCUGACCCCCCACUGGACCCCAGCAUCGGCCCCAAGGUGCUGGCUCCAGCCACUGCUCCAGGCCACCACUCCCGGCAGUGGUACAAGGAGUUUCUCCAGCUGAUUGGCUACGGGGAUGCCCAGAGAGUCGCCGAGUACUGUGAGAAAGUGUGGUGCACCGAUAAAAAACGUAAAAAGACCAAAAAGAAGUAUGCUGCUCCAGGUGGCGAGAAGAGAAGGAAAGAGAGGGGGGAGGAGAACUCCAACCGAGCGCCCAGGCACACUUUGGACAACUGAGGAGAACAGAGACUGGCUGCACACACAAACACAAGCUCACACACACACACACACACACAUACAAACACACACAAACACACACAAACACACUCUCAGUCUAAAGGUCAGACUCACAUUGUUUACACCGUGUAAAGGAUUGUUCACAUUGCUUUAACAAAAGCAGAAACAAAAACAACAGUAGCACAUUGUCAAGCUCUUGUGGCCUCAUUUGUCUUUCAAUACUUCGAGCGGGUUGUUGCCUUUUUUGUUUGGUGGGAACCGACUCUCUCUGUAAGAAGCUGGGUUGCGUCUGAUCUGAAGAGACGGAACACAAUGCCUCAGCCCCAGAGGACUGACCCUACCCCGACCCAGCUGUGGAAACCAACCACACAGAGUUGGCUCCACCAGACGUCCGUCAAACCUCCGCUCCACCUCCGCUCCACCUCUCAGUCAACUGCUAAAUAUGACAAACUCCUACUGUAUCUAUGAGGAGAGAAAACUGUAUAGAAAACAAUGGCCUUUAAAACUUAUUUUGGUAUAACUUAUUUCUCUUUGUUUUCACUGAGUUCCGUAGCUGUUUAAAUGUCAUAAACUGGAAAAUAUAGUGUUGGUUUAUUUUGUACAGUGAAAAAUGCUUUGAGCUUUAUGAUACUGCAAUGUGUGUGGUGUGUGUAAAUGAUGCACACAGAGAGAUGUUGCAAUGCCACUAUUAAGAGAUAGGCAUGUUUUACCUUUAAUUAUGCCUAUUUAAGCACUUGUUAAACCUGUUACAGUAGAUGAAAAGUGUAUAAUAUUGUUGUUAUUUGUAUUCCAUUUUACAUCUACAAUUGUGAUCAAAUGUACCAAACACUUCUUUGCGUAUUGUAUAUAGCAUUUAACUCAAAUUCAGGGUUGUUUCUGCCUGCACAUCUGGUGACUAAUAACAGGCUUCAGAAAGUCGUCUCUCCACACUGGCUCUUCCUUCUUCCAUCUAUCACCCUUUGCUGUCCCCUUCGUUCCCACUCCCCUUUCGUUUGUGUGGACCAGUGUUGAAGAUGGGAUUCAUAAUGACCACAGCUAACAGCGCAUUUCCCUCAGAGGAAGAAGGAGAAGUAAAUGCCAUGGUGACCAUCCAAGCAUGUCAUCGGCGAAACUGAUGAGUCAGCCUCACGAACGUUCAGUCAACGGCGAGAUGAGAGAAGGAACGUCAGACAGGAAGUUGUGGUUAUGCUGAUAAGAACCUGGAGGAUCACGUCUUGUCAUGUUUUUGUGCCUUAUUUAACUCUUAAUUGUGUCACUUUAUAUUACCCCCUCUUGACUUUACUGUAUUCCUAUAUGGUAAAAAAAAAGAGCUGCUUGGUUUUUGACCUUGUAUCGUCCUUCAUCAAUGUCCUUGAAUGUCAAAGAUCUGAAUUGACUUGUUGUGUCUGACUUCGCAUUAAAAAGGAUGGACCAUUU